UAUUGGGUUCUCUGAAUUUUGGAAAAAAGAUGUCUAAUUUGUUAAAAUUUUCUAACUUUUUGUGGGUAUUUAUAGUUUUUGCGGUUUUUUUUUGUGAGUUGAUUUAUGGGUAUGAAACUGGAAGUAAAAUUGUUGAGGGAAAGUUGAAUGUUCAUUUGGUUCCACAUUCACAUGAUGAUGUUGGUUGGUUAAAGACAGUUGAUCAGUAUUUCAUUGGGUCUAAUAAUAGUAUACAGGGUGCUUGUGUUGAAAAUGUGCUUGAUUCGGUUGUCAUGUCGCUGCUUCGUGAUCCAAACAGGAAAUUCAUAUUUGCCGAGAUGGCCUUUUUCCGAAGAUGGUGGCUAUUGCAAAGUGGAGAGAUCCAAGCUGCUGUGAAAAAGCUUGUUGCUGCAGGCCAAUUAGAAUUUGUAAAUGGAGGGUGGUGUAUGCACGAUGAAGCAGCUACGCAUUACGUAGACAUGAUUGACCAAACGACUUUGGGCCAUGCCUUAAUAAAAUGUAAUUUUAAUGUAACUCCUCGAGCUGGUUGGCAGAUUGAUCCAUUUGGACAUUCUGCAGUUCAAGCGUACCUUUUAGGAGCGGAGCUUGGGUUUGAUUCAUUACAUUUUGCACGGAUUGAUUAUCAAGAUAGGGCAAAGAGGAAGGAUGAUAAAAGUCUUGAAGUCAUAUGGCGUGGCUCCAAAACAUUUGGUUCUUCCUCUCAGAUAUUUACCAAUGCAUUUCCUAAGCACUACAGUGCACCAGAUGGUUUCAACUUUGAAGUUAGCGGAGACUUUGAGCCCGUUCAGGACGAACCUCUUCUCUUUGACAAUAAUGUUCAGAAACGAGUAAACGAUUUCAUUGAUGCUGCAUUGACUCAAGCAAAUGUGACCAGAACAAACCAUAUUAUGUGGACAAUGGGAGAUGACUUCCAAUACCAGUAUGCAGAGUCUUGGUUCAAGCAGAUGGACAAGCUAAUUCACUACGUUAACAGAGAUGGUCGUGUAAAUGCAUUAUAUUCCACUCCAUCUAUAUACACUGACGCAAAAAUGGCUGCAAACGUGUCGUGGCCACUCAAAACUGAUGACUAUUUCCCAUACGCGGAUGGUGGAGAUUCCUACUGGACGGGUUACUUUACAAGUCGUCCAGCUCUAAAAGGAUACAUACGUUCAUUGAGUGGAUAUUAUUUGGCAGCAAGGCAACUCGAGUUUCUGGCAGGAAGGCAAACUAAAGGUCCUAACACUUUCAGUCUUGGAGAUGCUUUGGGAAUUGCACAGCACCAUGAUGCUGUGACUGGUACUGCUAAACAACAUACAACAAAUGACUACGAAAAACGCUUAGCAAUUGGAGCUCUUGAGGCUGAGGCUGUUGUGACUUCAGCUUUAUCACGCCUAACAUCAACCACAAGUAAUUGCACCAAACCCACAUCCAUAUUUAGCCAGUGUCCGCUACUCAAUAUAAGCUAUUGCCCGGCAACAGAAAACAUUCCUUCUACAAAGAGUUUGGUGGUUGUUGCUUAUAACCCUCUUGGAUGGAAUCGCACGGAUGUUAUCAAGAUACCUGUCAAAGAUGUUAAUUUUGUUGUGCAAGACAACAAUGGCAAUACGAUUGAAGCACAGUUCAUAGAGUUUAAUAACGUAACAAGCAACAUAAGAAGCUUUUACACAGAGGCUUAUUUGGGAAUUUCACCCCAAGAUGUUCCAAAGUAUUGGCUCAUAUUUCAAGCAGCUGUGCUACCUUUGGGUUGGAACACUUACUUCAUUACCGAAACAUCUGAAAAAGGAGGAUACGUUUCUGUGGUAGACACUCCACAAAACGAUACUAUAGAAAUUGGACCAGGAAACUUGAAAAUGUCUUUCUCAUUACAGUCUGGACAGCUAAAAAGAGUAACAAAUUCAAGGACAGGAAUCAACUUACCAAUACAACAAAGCUAUCUCUGGUAUGGCAGUGGAGCUGAUAACCAGCCUUCUGGUGCCUACAUAUUUCACCCCGAUGGAGCACCCCCGGUCAUUGUUUCAAGAUCAGUACCGAUAAAAGUCAUUCGUGGACCACUUGUUGAUGAAGUUCACCAGCAAUUCAACCCGUGGAUUUAUCAGGUGACCAGACUUUACAAAGAGAAAGAGCAUGCUGAAUUUGAGUUCAUCAUUGGUCCGAUUCCUACGGAUGAUGGUGUUGGGAAAGAAGUCAUUACAAGAAUUACAGCGGAUAUGGCUACAAAUAAGGUGUUUUAUACUGAUUCUAACGGAAGGGACUUCCUCAAAAGGGUACGAGACUAUAGAGAAGACUGGCCUCUUCAAGUCACACAACCUGUAGCUGGGAAUUAUUAUCCACUCAAUCUUGGAAUGUUCACAACAGAUAGCAAAACUGAGUUGUCAAUCCUUGUUGAUCGUGCCACUGGUGGAGCUAGCAUCAAGGAUGGACAAAUGGAGAUUAUGUUUCACCGGCGCAUGCUGUAUGAUGAUGGUAGAGGAGUCGGUGAAGCCCUUGACGAGACUGUGUGUAAUAAGACCACGUGUCAAGGACUUGCGAUUCAAGGAAAUUAUUAUAUGAGUGUUGACCACAUUGGUAGCGGAUCACGAUGGCGCCGAACAACGGGCCAAGAGAUUUAUUCACCCCUUCUCUUAGCUUUUACACAUGAGAAACAAGAAGAUUAUAAAGCUUCUCACUCAACGAGAUCAACAACAAUGGAUCCAAACUACAGUUUACCCCUUAACGUUGCAUUACUUACACUUCAGGAAUUGGAUGACGGAUGUGUGCUCUUACGUCUAGCCCAUCUCUAUGAGGCUGGUGAAGACGUUGAUUAUUCGACCUUAACUAAAGUUGAAUUAAAGAAGUUGUUUUCUUCUAAAACGAUCAAGACAAUAAACGAAACAAGUUUAUCUGCAAACCAAGAUAAGUCAGCGAUGAAGAGGACGCCAUGGAAAGUUGAAGGUGGAAAAGGGAGUGAAUCGGCAAUAGUUAGAGGUGCACCUGUUGACCCUUCCGCUCUUAUUGUCGAGCUAGGUCCUAUGGAGAUUCGGACUUUUAUUUUGAAAUUUUGAUAGAGUAAAAUUCGAUUUGUCAAAUAACAAGGAAGCUCUUGAAUAUGUAUUCAUUAUCAAAUGUGAAGUUUUGAUGGGAAAUAAA